CUCUCUGCUUCUCUCUCUAGAACCCACUCUUUCACGACCGACAUUUGUCCCUUGAAGUUGACGAUCGAGAGUAAACCAGUUUGGAACACAUUUAAAGAACUCAUGGUGUGAUCGGAAUAAAUUCUUGAAUAUUUUUAUUUGUUUUUUAUAUGUUAAUGUUAGGUAAAGAAACUCAAACACAAAAGGGUUUUUGCUUGCUUAGAAAAGGUGGCGGUGGUGGUCGUACGGAGGACACUGUAGCAUUGGCGUCUGCUUACGUGCUAUAAAGAAGAAUUUUGUUAUUUCAAUCGUUUGUUUGAUAGCAACCAUAUAAAGGGUCCGCUGAAGAUAGCGAAAUUUGAAGUUGUUUGAUAGUAUAUGUGCUUUAUAAAGGUGGCGAACUCGAGGGAUUCGGGCGAUUAUGCCAGUUUUGAUCGCGUGACGGAUGAAGGGGAAGGGGGAUCGCCGCCACCACAAUCGCCACCGGAUAUGUUUUCGACCGAGUAUAGUAUGUCUGGGGAGUUGUCUGCUAUGGUUAGUGCUUUGACUCAUGUUGUUUCUGGACACGGUGGUGGUGGCAGUGGUGGUUUUAAUGUUUCACCCUCUUUUAGAGGUUUGGAUUCGCCGUCUUCCGCUUAUUCGUCUUCGAGUUCGGGCUCUUUGGCCGGACAAAAAAGGGUUCGUGAUCAUCAAGAAGAAAGUGUUAAUCAAUUUCCGGAACAAUUUCAUCAGGGAUUUUAUGGUGGUCUUGCUGAUUUUAGAGGUGGAGAGUCGUCAUCUUCUAGAGUUAAAGAAGAGCCAACAUCCAUACCGCCGAGCACCACAGUGGCCGAAGGUGCCGCUGCCGCCUCCACCACAACAGGGCGUAAUCCGGCUGUCGAAGCAAAUCAACCCGAACAAACAGGGGAAAUAAGAGCAAGAAAAUACAGAGGAGUAAGACAACGACCAUGGGGCAAAUGGGCCGCGGAGAUACGCGAUCCGCAUAAAGCGGCUCGCGUAUGGUUAGGCACAUUCGACACAGCAGAGGCUGCGGCCCGUGCAUACGAUGAAGCCGCUCUUAGAUUCCGAGGAAACCGAGCAAAACUGAAUUUCCCCGAAAACGUCAGAUUAUUACCACAACAACAAAUUCGGCCAACUACCCAACUCGUGAUCUCGAACCCUCCAACGACACAAUUCAGCAUCCGCCAACAACCACCAAUGCCACCCCACCGGUUUCAGCUCCCGGAUGCCACCACAGCCCAUGAUUACUGGCAAUACUCUCAGUUACUACAAAGCAAUAUGGAUUUCCGUCAACCGCAACCGCAACAGCAACAUAACUUAUUACCUCAAAUGUUCAAUACAUCUACAAUGGGAUCAUUAAAUACACAAGCAUCAAAUAUAUCUUCAUCUUCAUCUACAACCAACUAUCCCCUGUUUUUUCCGAACCAGCCGUCGGGUUAUUUGGAUUUCCGGCAGCCGGGUGGCCAAACUCGAGACGAUCAAACUGAUUUCCCGUUUGUACCGUCAACAUGGCCGGACUCCGAUCAGUUCCGACCUCCUCCUCCAAAUUGAUUAAUUUGUUUUUUUUUUCCUUUUUUUUUUUUUUUUUUUUUGCAUGGUAUUACAGAUUAUACAUAUUUUAUGGGUCCCAGUUGUACAUACCGAUUUGGAAUUUGUACCAUAGUCUUUUCUCACAAAUUCUUGAGAAAUAUUAUUUUUAAAGCAUUUGACAAUUUUCGUAUUAAAAAAAUAUAUAUAUUGUCAGGUGUAUUUUUAAGAAUAUUAUGAGAAUUUGUGAAAGGAUAUUAGCUUACUUUUCUAUUUAAACAAUGGGCAACAGGCCAUAAAAUAUGUACAAAACAUGGUUUUCUAUCUUAAAAUUUAUAUGUAUUCAAUUAACCAUAGUUUAUAUUUAUUUUGUCAUGGUUUUUUUAGAGUUAAAUGUUAUUUUAUUCCCUAUGGUUUGCUCGAUUUUGCCCGUUUAGUCUAAAUGUUUUAUUUUCACCUGUGGGUUCAAAAAGGUUUCAUCGUUGCCAAUUUAGUCCACUGUGUUAACUUCAUCUAUUAUUUCUGUUAACGAGAAAGGCAAUUCGGCAAUUUUAUAUGGCCGAAUUGCCAUUUUAGUUCACAGAAUUACAUAUAAAAUAACUGAAUUGCCCUUCUCGUUAACAGAAAAAAUGGAUGAAGUUAACCUAGUGGAAUAAAAUGGCAACGAUAAAACCUUUUUGGAUCCACAGGCGAAAAAUGAAAUCUUUAUACUAAACUGACAAAAUGGCACAAACCACACGGACUAAAAUAGUAUUUAACUCCUUUUUUAUUUACUUUCUUUUGUUUGGUUGAGGUUUAUUUUGUUUAUUUGCAUUAUGUUAAAGUAUAUGUAAAUCGAAACCAAUAAUCUUGAGAAUACAACAAAUAAGGAUUUUAUUUGGAAUUUAGGUUGAGUUCGGUAUGAGCGUGUGUCCUUUCUUGUGUUUCGAUGGUUUCAAUAGUUUCAGUUUGGUAUAAAUUGACAUGCAGUUUAGAUUUUAG